UAUGCCUAUAAAAUAUUGUUAAUCUUCCAUCCCCUAAGCAACCCGAACUAUUCGGUCUAAAUACAUUUCUUUUUAUCAAGAAAUAUAUAAAAAUUCUGUCAGUAAAUAAGAUUAUCAAAAGUUAGCAGAAAUGAAUGUAAAUUUUCUAAAUCUCCUUCUCACAGUCAUCCUAGCGUUUUUUUUCGACACUGAAGCGCUUAGUCCUCACUACUACGACCAUACAUGUCCAAAAGCCGACCAAAUCGUCACCAAUGCAGUUAAGAAAGCCAUGGCAAAUGACAAAACUGUCCCUGCCGCUCUCUCGAGGAUGCAUUUCCACGAUUGCUUUAUCAGGGGAUGUGAUGCGUCAGUGCUGUUGGACUCGAAGGGAAAGAACAAAGCAGAGAAAGAUGGACCUCCAAACAUCUCACUCCAUGCCUUUUAUGUGAUUGACAAUGCAAAGAAGGCAUUAGAAGAGCAAUGUCCAGGUGUCGUCUCGUGUGCCGAUAUCGUUUCACUGGCUGCAAGAUAUGCUGUCGCUCUCGAGGGCCAACAUGGGAAGUGCCAAAAGGGAGAAAAGAUGGAAAAGUAUCAAAAGCAAUAGAAACAAGACAACUACCAGCUCCUACUUUCAACAUCUCUCAGCUGCGACAAAGUUUUGGCCAAAGAGGCCUUUCUAUGCACGAUCUUGUUGUUCUCUCUGGCAUUACAGAUUUUCCAUAUACUUAAAAUAUACGGUACAAGGAUGUCGAUUUGCCAUCUAAAUGCUUGGUAAUGUCAACCAACAGAGUGCCUUCAUUUUGAUGUCCUAGACAUUCCAAUAGUAGACUUUAAAACUUUAUUAAAAUAACUAGAGAGCUGGCCGCGCUCCGCACGGGGUUUAUUA